AUGUCAUACGACGAUGUGGAGAUAGAGGAUAUGGAGUGGAACGAAGAGAUUCAGGCUUACACUUAUCCUUGUCCUUGUGGAGAUUUGUUCCAGAUUACGAAAGAAGAUCUCCGUCUCGGCGAAGAGAUCGCCAAUUGCCCAAGUUGCUCGCUCUAUAUCACCGUCAUCUACAAUAUGGAGGACUUUCAGAACGAUACCAAGAAGAACAACGAACCUCAAAGUCGCCAGCCUAUCGCCGUCGCUUGA